UUGGGUGUCUAUCUUAGCUUUAAUAAAUUGAGUUAAUCACGUUGCCAUACUACUGCCAUAAUUCAUACACAGAAUCUGCCAUAAUUUAUAGGCAAAUUCCAUAAUUUUAACAUUGCGGCACAACAAUUUGGUCCGGCUGGCAUCAUGCCCAAAAGAAGAAGAAGAAGAAGAGUUGGUUCAAGGGCCGGCCUGCGUAGCGACAUAAACAUUACUUUUUCUCGUGUUUUCCUUCAAACUACAAUGAAGAGAAGGUCCACAGCCUGUAAGAAGAAGGUGGGCAGUACAGUGACGGCCAGGAAAAGGAAGAAAAACCGCAGAGAAGCCUUCAUAUGACGAAAGUGCCCUUCCACUACACCACCACCACUACCACCACAACCACAACCACUACCACCACAACCACUACCACCACAACCACAACCACCACCAAAUCACCACACUAAGCGUGAAGAUGUCAGGUCGCGACGCGUUGUCCAUCGGCGCACCUUCCAGAACACCAACCAGGUGGUGGAGUUGACCACACCCACCAUUCCCAAGGCUCAACACCACCACCAGUGAGGACAUCAACACCAUUCACCACCAGCAUUGAAACCAGAUCACACCACCACCACCACCAACAACACCAGGCCCCUGCGUUACUGCUGCUAAGAAGAGAUCAUCCCUAUCCACCUCAUCAAACGGGGCUUCGUGGUGCAGUGGUUAGCACACUCGGCUCACAACUGAGAGAGCCCGGGUUCGAUUCCUGGGCGGAGUGGAAAAAUUUGGGCGGCUUUUCCGAUACCCUACACCCCUGUCCACCCAGCAGUGAAUGGGUACCAGAUUGGCUACAGUGAAGGUCGUGGCAGCCAAUCAGAGAGUGUACUGAAACUCCUGCUGUGAGCUACUCCUGAUGCCUGCGCCCUCACCACCCCUGUAAAGGAUGCCCAGCUAACCCAACCUCCAUGCACAAGUGUGAGUGUUACUGGGUCAACGUGCAGGGGGAGGAGCGUCAGUUUGGCAACAUCACCGUUUCCUUCGCCAAGGCUCGCCAGGUCUGCCCGGACUUCAUCGUGAGAACUCUCAAGAUCAACUACAUCACUGACGGAGGCAAUUCUGAGGAGCGCACCAUCUGCCAGUUCCAUUACGUGCUGUGGCCUGACCAUGGGGUGCCAGAGACGGUGCGGCCCCUCCUGGACAUGGUGCGGCUGGUGCGAGACUGCCAGGCCUCCGAGACCCUGCCUGUCCUGGUCCACUGCUCGGCGGGGUGUGGGAGAACGGGAACCAUCUGUGCCAUUGACUACGUGUGGGGGCUCCUCAGGGCUGGGCGGCUGACCGAGAACCUCAACCUCUUUGGGCAGGUGAAGGAGAUGCGUCGGCAGCCAUGGUACAGACGCAGGAGCAGUACAUCCUCCUGCACCGGGCUGUCCGAGAGCUGUUCAAAGAGAGGCUCAAGGUGAUCGCCGCGCACCCCUACGAGAACAUCCCCACAGACGGCAAGCCACUCAUCCUAAGGGAGAAGGAGAACGACCAUGAGGAGCUGUACCUUAGGCCAGAAAAACAGGACGAGAGUGCCAAGCCAGUGCCAGCCUCCACCACGGCCCCC